UACAUUCGCCAGCUCUACAUAAAGUUUUUCGCGCCUCUUGACUCAUGCGCUCUUGACCCUGGACAUAAUAUGUUUCUGUGUUUAGCUCGACUUUGAUACAUUGAAGGCAACAACCACUAUCUGCCCCUGGACCUCUCAAUCAUCGGCCCCAGCCCGUGCACCGAUCUUCAACCACAAACAGGAUGGCGCCUUCGUUCCCAGAAUUGCUGUCGUCACCGCAGUUCACAUUCUUCGUUGGUGAAGAGCGUGCGCCGGUGGUCGCUCACGCCCAAGUCAUGGCAAGUCUAUCGAAGCCCUUCGACCGUCUCAUCAACGGUUCGAUGAGAGAGUCAGAAGAGAAAUGCGCUGCCUUGCCUGAAGUCGAGAAAAAUAUCUUCCUUCGCCUUGUUGAGUUCGCAUAUCGUAGCGACUAUACGAUAAGCUCUUACCCGAAUGAAACACCAACUUCAGAGGACUCAGAGGCGAUGGAAGUGGAAGAUGAAGAGGACGAAUACAUGUCAGACGACGACGAAGAAGACAGUACAGACGAUGAGGAAGAAGAAGAGAAUGUUGAAGAAGAUGCAGAAGAAGACGAUACUGAUGCUACAAAGCUGCGAGAACUUGCUGGAAAACCGCUGGACGAAAUCAUCGGCGAAUUUGAGAGUAUGAAGAGCGAAAGCCUUUUUGAGCUCUUUAUUGAGAAAAGCUACACGCUUACCCUCCGCACGUCUCACGCCGAGAACACGGUCGCCGUGGACUAUUCCGCACAUCGCAUAGGAGACAGUGACCGUGGGCACAAAGCCAUCUUCCUUCUCAACGCCAGGAUGUACUGUCUCGCUCAUUACUACAUGAUCCCCCCAUUAAAGUAUCUGGCCCUGUACAAACUCCAUGAGGCACUCAAGCUGUGCAUGCAUCCCGACUUCCUCGCGACACCUGAGCGCAUCGACGACAUCGUUGCUUUGGUCGAUUUCGCAUAUUCCAGUGAAAACACCCAGGACAGGGAUACCAAUACAGCGCGCGAUGCACUACGGGAGGAAGUACUGGAGUAUGUCAUCGUCCACAUAGAUGCCCUAGGUACAACACCGGCUUUCCAGGAGCUGUUGGCCGGUCAAGGGCAGUUGGCGGCCGAUUUGAUCGUUCAAUUCAGCAAGGAACGUCGCGGCGAGAAGAACAGAACAGAAGCUGCGCCUAAGUAUUACAGCGGAAAACAUCUUGCUCUCGCUUGGAAGAACAUGGAAAAUGAGUAGAAGCCUGAGUCGAGACUCGUUAGGUACUGUUUGGAUCUGAUACUAAUCUGCGAUGAUGGGGGAUGUGAAGUUGCAUCUGACAACGCCAAUCGUCGAUGGAUCUUCAUACGUAAUUGUUUCGCUAUCUAUAGUUCCUGUUAACGUCUCUUUG